AUGAGCGAGGAGGCUCCACAGUCGACGAAGAAGGCGUUUCGCUUCACCGUGGCCUCGGACGUGGAUCUCCUCAAAGAAGUCAUGUUUGUGAGCCCAUACGAUUGCCAGUACGGUCAGGUCGCAAAGCGCUGGGAAGAGGUCGCCGAGCACAUGCGUGUGAUCUAUGGUGACCUCGUCACGGUCACCGGCGCUUUGACGACCUUAUGACGGCCUUCAAGAACGACAGCGUUCAACGCUUACUCGGACCGAGCUCAUGCGCUUAUUGAAUUCGGCCUCAGCCUCAUCAAGGUUGGCGCGUUUGAAGCCCGACACAAUCACAUCAUUGAUCCCGUAGGCGGGAUCUCCGUAGAUAACGUAUCGGGUGUCGCCUACACGUAGCUUGUUUUGGAGCUUCUCGACAAGCUUGCUCUGUGCUAGUAAGUAGGCGUCAUGGCGAGAGCCAGGCUCGGGUCCAUGAAGGUGCACGAUAAUGCCAUCGGGGGCCGUCACAGCUUGAUACUUCAGUGCAUGCUUUCGCUACGAUACCUUGUGUCCGUUGUAUACGGCCCUCUGUACUGCCCGUCCUGGGCGGCAAAUGCCACGCACAGUGCCAUCAAUGAAGCCGAUGCAAGUUGUAAGGGGAGCCCCUUGAGCAUGGAUAGCGGCCGAACAGUGUUGCAUCCAGUCGGCGUCAAGUCGAGCUUCGUCCCACUCGAGCAAGUGAUGGAAGCAGUCGUACACGUGCAUCAUUACGUGGUUGCUGAUCGCGGACAAGGCCUCGCG